UCAGCUGUCUUUAGUCUGUGUCGUACGAUGAUCUCGCGUGUUCUGCUCACGGUCUCUUGUUUUCAUCAUCCCCAGCUCAGCAUCCGUUCACAGCAGCUCCAUGCCUCAGUCUGGGGACGAGGAAGAAGAAUAAAAGGUGCUCAUUGUUAACAAAAUAAUAAUGAUCUGCGCACUUUAUCGGUGGGUUUUUUGCGUUUCCAAAUCCUCCUCUUCCUGAUGCUGCUCGGGGUUGCAGCGGGGAGCGGUUUCGCCGGAGGUGCGCGGUGCCAUGCAGCGAGCUGGUUUUGCAUUUUUACGCAGCUCUCCAGCAUCUCCGUCCUCUGAUGCAGCGGUGUCACAUGCUGCUGAAAAGCGCUUUAAGGCUUCAGAUAACAUGUGUUUGGGUGGAUGCCGCAGCCCACAGGAUUUGGAGCAGCAGUGGAGGCCAGCAUGCCCGGAUCCGAGCACGCUCUUAUAACAGCUGCUAACCAUAUUUAGUCGAUUUUGGCACUUAACACGUAUUAAAAGAAGUGACCAUGGGUGAAGAGAGCAGCCUGUCAAAGCAGAUAGGAAGUGUGGAGAGGAGCAUCGUGUUCCUGAGACAGGAACACCUCACUUUACUGCACGGCCUCCACCUGGAGAUCCUCUCCCUGCAGAAGCGAUGCUCAGAGUUGACAAGUGAUCUAGAGGUGAAGCCUCAAGGAAGGAAUCCAAUAGAGUUACAGGAGGAGGAGGAGCUGCUGGAGAACCGCUGUUGGGAUGUGGAAAGCCGUCUGGACGAGGAGGAGUGCACCUUUGGAGAGCUUCGUCAGGAGCUGAGUCACAAAGGGGCUUUGGUGGGAGUCCUCAGAGCCAAUCUCAAGGACAAGGAGCGCCAUUUCCUGGAGGAGCUGAAACACCGGAGCCACUGUUCAACCAUCCUGAACACGGAGCUGCAGAAACAAACAGAGGCAGCAGCGUACCUCUCCUUCCAGCUGCAUGGUGCCCGCCAGAAACUGCACCACCAGCGAAUGCAGCAGAGGCAGGGACUCCUCGCACGGGCCAACAGUCAGGGGGCCCAAUACUGUGCCGAGCAGAUCUCUGUCUCUCCUCAGAGGCCUUCAGGAGCCUCCCCUUCCUCUCCCGUGGUUAAACCCAAGCGUAAAAGCGCCAGGUCGUCUUUGAGAGUGGAGCGUUCCCGGGAGUGUGUUCCCAUAGAGAAAGUGACAGGCCCCGCUGAGCCCACAGCCAUGCCGGACCCUGCACUCUUCCUCCACCCUCGCAGGCACAGGGCCCGCUCCAGGCACGCUGUGGCACAAAGACAGGCUCCACUGGGGCUGGAGAGGGAGGAUGAGGAGGAAGGAGGUGGUGAAGGGCCGAUGGAGCCUCAGGGCGGAGCUGCCAGACUGCUGUCUUCAGCGGCAGCGCCCCCUGCUGCUGAGACAAAGGCAGAUUAGCGAGUACUAAAGCCUGCACUUUAAACUGCAGUUUGAUCACUCUAUGAUCAUCUGAGACUGUUAAUGCUGGUAACUGUUCUGCACCUUGACUGAAUUGAUACUGCGACUGGUUUUAGCUCAUUAAUUAUUAUAUUACACUUAUUGUAGUCACUUUUUUUAAAUGGACUUUGAUAUAACCCUAAAUAACUUGCAAAGAAAACUCAGAAAGUGUCACUUUAAGUCAGUCUUAGAUGAAUUAUCUGUUUACACUGGUGUCACAUGCUCAGUAUACUGUGGGGCCUUAUUUCAAAGCCACCCCUUUUGGAUCUUUGUUGAUGGUGAGCGGCCAUUUUAGAAGGACUACAAGCCCAACCAGCUGUGAGCUUUCAAGGCCUACCAUAAAUCAAAUGUGACCAAACAUUUGUUUGGCCCCUAACUGAGGCACAGCUGACAUAUCUGAAGCGGUAUGUUCGAGUCCUCCCGGUGAAAAAAUGUUGACUGAAAGGAGGUGUGUUCCUGUGAUAAUACAAAGAGUAUAAAUACAAAGGACAGUCGAUUAACUUCCAAUAAAACAGUAGAUCAGUUCUAUCUUUAUUACACAUAUUUAUACCUUUCCAGUAGGUUUCCAUGACAAUUUAUUUAUAAGGACACAACUUGGGUGUUGUCAGCAAUAUCCCCAACCAUUUUUUUUUUCAUUUUUUUUUUUUAAAUGAACCAGAACCUGUCGUUUGCCCUAACCUGGACCGCUUAUCUCCGUCUGUACGUUAUUGUAAACCCAACAACAGAGAGCAACGCUUCAGGAAACAAAAUAUUUUUUAGAAACAGAUUUGACACGAGCCCUGCCAACAGUGACUGUAAAUCUGUUUAAAAUCAGUGUUCAUGGCUUUAACUGCAGAUAAUUACGCUUCAGUUAGCUUUCCUUGGUGCAACUAAACUAACACUUGGUACAAUUUGAACUACUAACUAUAGUCCUUGCUGUUGCCCAUAGAUCAAUAAUACUUUAUUUUAGACUCUAGGUCUAUUUGAAAAGAAAAAAACUUCAUGUCAAAAAUGUGAACAUUCAACGUUCACAACUUGAAAUGUGGUUAUUAAAGCAGCUGUUAAAAAGUAAUCACUUUAUACUUUGACAAAACCUGUUUUAUUUGCGUUUCUGUAAGUGCAUUGGAUCGGUGGAGGACAGAUCAGACAGUAAUUUUGGCCACGUGUAAACUUUCCAUCUUACACUAUUAAAAUAUACACACAGAGGCACAUAAACGUUGCUUUAUUUGUCUGCAGUAACUGCUUUCUAUAAACAGAUUGUGACGUGUUGGACCAUGCGUUAGACUCAGGUGUGGUGUGUGUACUAACUAAACACACACAGCACUACUUCUUCAACUAGUUUGUGUUCGGCUAUUUUGUUGGGGUUUCUUUUUUCACCUCAGGCAAAACAGAUAAUCACAAACUUGACUGCAGGUUUAUGUGUGUUUUUUAAGUGGGAUUGACAUUUUCUAUCUGCAUUCUGUUCCUUUUUCCCUUUUACACACCCAAGAUGAACACCUAGUGACUGUGUACUGUAGGCAGGCAGUGUGUGUGUGUUAUCAAAACACAUGCAUAUGGUGGC